AUUAUUCUGAUGCCAAUGUAACUAUAAUGUGACAGAAGAACCCCCCAACAGAGAUGCACAGACACAAAGCACCGGGUACACCUGCAUAUGACACUGGAUACAAUGUGUCCAGAUAUAACUAGCGGCCGGCCAGCAGCGCCCUCUGGUGGCGGUUAGAUAAAGAGCAGCCGCAGCAGCAGCUGCUCCCCUCCUCCUCCCUGAGAGCUUCCCUGUGGCUGACAACAUCCGGCCGGUCUUGUGAGACAUCGCCGGGGACCUGGAGCUGGCUGACACCGAGGAGAGGAGCCUGCAUGGUAAUAGCCGGAGGCGGGUAUUUGCCUAGUCCGGGCACAGUGAGGCAUGGGUUUAUUUUCCAGCGGCGAAUAUGGAAAGCAGCGGCACAGAUGACGUGGAAAAACUGAAAUCUAGGUUUUUAUCUGCAUGGCAUAAUAUGAAAUAUAGUUGGGUACUCAAAACAAAAACCUAUUUUAGACGAAAUUCACCAGUUUUUUUGCUUGGCAAAUGCUACCACUUCAAAUAUGAAGAGUCUAGCGAGUUGUCCCCCGACAGCUCAGAUUCCGGGUCGGUGACGAAUGAUGACGCCUUUGGAUCGGUAGAUGAUUUCCGGAAGGACUUUAUUUCCAGGAUAUGGCUUACAUACAGGGAAGAGUUCCCCCAGUUAGAGGGUUCAACAUGGACAACCGACUGUGGCUGGGGCUGCACCUUGAGGACUGGGCAAAUGUUACUGGCCCAGGGGCUUCUGGUCCACUUCAUAGGAAGAGAUUGGUUGUGGCCAAACGCCCUGGACUUCUACCAGCCAGAGGCAGAUUUCUGGUUGGUAAACAGCGCCAGGAAACUUGCUCCAUUUGAGGCAACGUACAUUGAAGGCAAUAACGAUGCAACUGCAUCUAGGAACGUGUUUGAAGCCGCAGACAAUGCUGAGAAAAGCCAAAACGAGUUCUAUCAUAGGAAAAUAAUCAGCUGGUUCUCCGACCACCCCCAGGCUGCCCUGGGUAUACAUCAGCUGAUCAAGCUCGGGAGAAGCUCCGGCAAAGUUGCUGGAGAUUGGUAUGGCCCAGCAGUGGUGUCUCACCUCUUGAGGAAAGCGAUUGAGGAAUCUGUGGACCCAGAGCUGCAAGGGAUCUCCAUUUAUGUUGCUCAGGACUGUACAAUUUACAGCAGAGAUGUCUAUGACCAGCACAAUAUCUCGGACUGUGAAAAAUCCGUUCUCAUUCUGGUUCCGGUGAGGCUCGGUGGAGAAAGGACCAACACCGAAUAUUUUGAGUUUGUGAAGGGGAUUCUGAGCCUUGAGUAUUGUGUUGGAAUCAUUGGUGGUAAACCAAAGCAGUCCUAUUACUUCGUGGGAUUCCAAGAUGACAGUUUGAUUUACAUGGAUCCCCAUUACUGCCAAUCUUUUGUCGAUGUCAGCAUAAAGGAUUUCCCUCUCGAGUCAUUCCACUGUCCUUCCCCAAAGAAAAUGCCUUUCAAAAAAAUGGACCCGAGUUGCACAAUUGGAUUUUACUGCCGAAACGCCGGAGACUUUGAGAGGGCGGUAGAUGAACUGACGAAGGUGCUGAAAUCUUCUAGCAAGCAGAAUUACCCUUUAUUUACCUUUGUAAAUGGACAUGCUCAAGACUUUGAUUUUGCCUGCACUCCGGUCUACGAGGAGAAUGACCUUUUCACAGAGGAUGAGAAGAAAAGAUUAAAAAGACUUAGCACCGAGGAGUUUGUCUUACUGUGAAUUUUCCGUGCGCCCUGUACCAGGCAAUUCUCCACGGCGCAUCCAUCCUGACACACAAACACUAGAACAAGAGACUGUAUUUUGUUUGUUUUUUUCCCCGUGUUUUUUUUUGUUUUUACAAUCUCUUUUUUAAAUGAUGUUUUCUUAAUGUGUUUUUUAUGCUCUUUCGGGGCCUUUUACAAAUGUCUCAUUUUUGUACGGUGGUUACACUAAUGACUGUUUAAUAAUGCAUGUGACUGGGACACCUACAAAUUGGACCGAAUGCACCGUUUUCUCAUCUCCGCCACCGAGGGUGCUUGCGUCACUGUGAUCUGUACAGUAUCUUAGGUUUUAAACUGUUUCCGUUCAAUAGGCAUCAGAUCCUUUUAUCUCCUAUGGCCACGUAAAAUAAAACUAGGUUGGUAUGGA